AUGCAUUGCGAAGACGUGCAUCAACUUGAUCCCGACGGCGAUGUCGAGCUCAUUCUACGUAACCCCAAUGCGCCUUUCGCAGUGUGGGACGAAUCUGAAGAUGCUGUUGUGCAGCACCUGAACGCAUGCGAUCAAAAGCUUCCGAUCAUAGCAAAAUACUCGUCGUAUUAUCUUGACUGGUUCGACGAUGCGAAGCAAGUGUCAAUUUUCCCGCCGGAGCUGCUGAACAUCGACAACCCUUUCGACAUGGACGGUUUUGGCAAGCCGCUUCCGUGCAGGUUCCUUCUUUCCUCUCGACAUCUCAUGUUAGCCUCGUCCAUCUUCAACAAGAAACUUUCAGGCCCUUGGAAAGAAUCUCUUAAAGAUCCCGUUGAGCGGGUGCGACACAUUGAGACAACGGAGUGGGAUGUCGAUGCUCUACUGAUACUUUUUCAAAUCAUACACGGAAAGCACAGUCAUGUUCCACGUUCUGUGGACCUCGAAAUGUUGGCCAAGAUAGCAACCUUGGUCGACUACUAUGAUUGCCACGAAGCAGUUCAACUGUAUGGAGACAUGUGGAUCGACGGCAUCAAAAACGACCUUCUCACCCAAUGCAGCCGUGAGCUAGUUUUGUGGAUACUGGUGUCUUGGGUUUUCUCAAAAGAGAACAUCUUCAACCAAGUCACGAGAACAGCCAUUCUUGAUAGCAAAGGCCCUGUUCCCACGCUCGAGCUGCCCAUCCCUCAAUUCCUCACCGAUCCUUAG